CCGAACUGCGAGACCAGCAAAGCCAGCGAAUUCAGAUUUCGCAUUUUUAGAAAAUGUAUUCAGUGCAGGGGCGACAUUCGCAGCGGCAACGAAAGCGACAGCCAUAGCAUACCCAUCCAUCCACCUAUACACUUGCACCUUGUCACCUGGCACCUGGCACCCACACAAACGCAGAUCACCAACACAGACGCAGACACUGAAAGAAAGAGAGAGUGCGGGAGAGCGUAUUCAAGAAAGUGGUCAAGAAGGAAAGCUAAAAAGGCGGUGUGUGUGUGUGUGUGUUUGUGUGUUGUGAAUGCACGCCGGAAAUGGCCAAAUUAGUGACUUACGUCUUCAUCGUCAGCUCCCUGGUCCUCUGGUACCUGCUGCUCUUCGGCGGCAGGGGCGUCAGGGGCGUGGAGGCCACCAACGGGCAUGGGGGUCAGCUGGAGGGACGGGACUUUCAUCACCAUGGCGGCAGCCAUCACAUUCGCCGUAACAUUAAUCACUGCUGGCGCCGCUACGAUGGCUACAAUCUGCAGAACACUGUGGUCAAUAAAAAGGAGCAGCUGAAGAAGCCCUAUGGCAUCUUGUGCAACUUCAAGUGCACCUGGUUCUUCACCGUCAGCUUCCCCACUUGCGAGUUCAUCUACGAUUACAAGUUAUCCUGCGUGCUGUUCACUUCACUGCCCGACUGUACCAGCGUCCAGUGUACGCUUAUGAAUUACUUCGAUUAACUAUGUUAGUGCAUCUAUUUAAGUAUCUUUUUUUUGGAUAGCCUAAGUCUGAUUAAUACUAGAUUUUAUAUGGACAUGUAGUGCGAGUUAGAAAGAAAGUAUUAUUAAAUCAAAAGACCUAAUUUAUGAGAA